CGCAUGCGCACUGAAGCUUCAACGCUGAUGCAAGAAAUUUUCGGCGCAGUGGUGUGGGACUGAUCGAGGGACAAAAAGUAGCCAGAUUUCAGCCACUUUUAAGUCAGCAAACAUGUCAGGAGACGAGAUGAUUUUUGAUCCCAACAUGACCAAGAAAAAGAAGAAGAAGAAGAAGCCCUUCAUGUUGGAUGAGGAAGGAGGAGAAGGGAUGGGAGGAGAAGAGGCUAAAGAGGUGGAGGCAAAGGAGGCAGAACCAGAGGCUGGAGAUGACAAGGAGAUGGAUCUGGAUGAAGAUGAAGGCAGGAAGAAAGAGCCGUCUGAUGAUUUGAACGACCUGAACUUCUUCAACCAGAAGAAAAAGAAGAAGAAACCCAAGAAAGUAUUUGAUAAUGAUAUCGAAGAGGGAUUAAAGGAGCUUAAAAUUGAAGGAGAGCAGACAGAGGCACUGGAGGAGGACAACCUGGAUUUGAUGCUUCCUACCAAAAAGAAAAAAUCAAAAAAAGUAGACUUUGACGAGGGGGAGCUGCUGGAGAAGGACGACGCUCUGGAGGAUGAUGAGGGGAAGAACAACGAUGGAAUCUCAUUCAGCUCCUCCACAGGACCAGCCUGGGCUGGCUCAGAAAGAGACUACACUUAUGAUGAGCUCCUGAACCGAGUCUUCAACAUCAUGAGAGAGAAGAACCCAGACAUGGUGGCCGGAGAGAAGAGGAAGUUUGUGAUGAAGCCUCCUCAGGUGGUCCGAGUGGGAACCAAGAAAACCUCCUUCGUCAACUUCACAGACAUCUGCAAACUGUUGCAUCGUCAGCCUAAACAUCUCCUCGCUUUCCUGUUGGCUGAGCUGGGAACAAGUGGUUCCAUAGACGGAAAUAACCAGCUUGUCAUCAAAGGCAGAUUUCAACAGAAACAGAUAGAAAAUGUGUUGAGAAGAUAUAUCAAGGAAUACGUGACAUGUCACACCUGCCGCUCUCCAGAGACCAUCCUGCAGAAAGACACUCGUCUCUAUUUCCUGCAGUGUGAGACGUGCCACUCCCGCUGCUCCGUCGCCAGCAUCAAGACCGGCUUCCAGGCUGUGACAGGCAAGAGGGCGCAGCUCCGCGCCAAAGCCAACUAAAGGCCGACGAAACUGGGCUCCCCGUCCUGUCUCGGCCUCCCCUUUUUCCUCAGAAGGGCCGAAGCUGGGGUCGGACGCCCCCCUGAUUUGCUAAAAAGGACUCUCUGAAUCGAACUGCGGGAGGGUUUGGCUGUUGUUUAGUUGUGUCGUGGCCUGACCAGGCAGGGAGUGAGAGAGUAUCUAAAGCUGACAGAUGGGGUUCAGGCACCGUAAACAGAUGAUGUGUACCACAUACACUGUUGGAUGCAUUUGAUUUGUUGUCUGGCUGAUGAACCUUCCACCUCCUAGGUUUUUUUUUUUCCCAUUUGCUGUGAUUCUUGAUUCCUGCAAGAAAACCCUGCUUUCACAUGGCUUGAAUCCUCCCUCGUUCAUUCUUCUUCCACUUUACAUACACCAGACAUGAAUAUUUCUUUGCAUAAGGAAUACAUUUCUCCACACAACCAGCCAAAUUGUGGUUAUCUACAAUAGCAGAGCUUAGUUGCUCUGUUAACUGCAACCUUGUGGCUCAUGGCUGCUUCUUUAUUCUUGAGCUUAACAUUGCUUAAACUGAAGGUUGUGUUUGUGUUUCUGGUAUGGCUCUAAAUCGCAAAACUGCCAGUCCAGAUUUGUUUUUGUUAUUUUUGCCCCAGCUUAUCAAAAAUGAAAAAAAAAAACUUGUCUGUGACAGGCUCCUAACACAGACCUCCUCUGUUCGUUUUAUGGCAGACGAGGA